UGUCCGUAGCCUGCGCUCUUCCUGACGCGUGUCCCGCCCUCCCCAGCUGUGCAUCGGGUCUGUACAGCUGGGAACGCACGUCGGGGAGUCUAGCCAUGUCCGCGGAGAGGGAGGCAGCCGAGGCGGCCACUGUGGCGGCGGCGGCUGAGGCCGGGGCGGGGACCGAGACCGGAGCCGGGGAGGGUGCGCCUUCGCAGCCCCCGACAGUGGAGGUGGCAAGCGACCCGCAGCCGCCACCGGCCCCCGAAGCGUCGGCCUCCGCCUCGGCGCCGCCGCUGCGCUGCCUGGUACUCACCGGCUUCGGUGGCUACGAUAAGGUGAAGCUGCAGAGCCGGCCGGCGGUGCCCCCUGCCCCGGGUCCCGGUCAGCUGACGCUGCGCGUGCGAGCCUGUGGGCUCAACUUCGCCGACCUCAUGGGCCGCCAGGGGCUGUACGACCGGCUGCCGCCUCUGCCGGUCACCCCCGGCAUGGAGGGCGCGGGCGUAGUGGUGGCCGUGGGCGAGGGUGUCGGCGACCGUAAGGCAGGGGAUCGAGUGAUGGUGUUGAACCGGUCAGGGAUGUGGCAGGAAGAAGUAACUGUGCCAUCAGCCCAGACUUUCCUGAUGCCUGAGGCCAUGACCUUUGAGGAAGCUGCUGCCUUGCUGGUCAAUUAUAUCACCGCCUACAUGGUUCUCUUUGACUUCGGCAACCUAAGACCCGGCCACAGCGUCUUGGUACACAUGGCUGCAGGUGGCGUGGGCAUGGCAGCCCUGCAGUUAUGCCGCACCGUGGAGAACGUGACAGUGUUUGGAACAGCCUCAGCCAGCAAGCACGAGGUGCUGAAGGAGAACGGGGUCACACACCCCAUCGACUACCACACGACUGACUAUGUGGACGAGAUCAAAAAGAUCUCCCCCAAAGGAGUAGAUAUUGUCAUGGACCCUCUUGGUGGGUCGGACACUGCCAAGGGCUACCACCUUCUCAAACCCAUGGGCAAAGUUGUCACUUAUGGAAUGGCCAACCUGCUGACGGGUCCCAAGCGGAACCUGAUGGCCAUGGCCCGCACCUGGUGGAAUCAGUUCAGUGUGACAGCUCUGCAGCUGCUGCAGGCCAACCGAGCUGUGUGUGGCUUCCACCUGGGGUACCUGGACGGUGAGGUGGAGCUCAUUAGCAGAGUGGUUACCCGCCUCCUGGCUCUGUACAAUCAGGGCCAUAUCAAACCCCGCAUUGACUCAGUCUGGCCCUUCGAGAAGGUGGCUGAUGCCAUGAGGCAGAUGCAGGAGAAGAAGAAUGUAGGCAAAGUCCUCCUGGUUCCUGGACCUGAAAAGGAGACCUAGGGCCAGCGGCUGAGGGCCCUGGAGAGCCGGAGGGAGAAGAUGGGAAGCCCUGUUGUAUUGCCCACCAGCCUCUCACAUUUCAUCCUGUCAUGAUGCUCUACCCUCCCUCUGUCCCCCAGAAAAGGUCUCUGCUGAUGACUGCCUCCCUGCUCUGAGCUUGCUCUUUGCUCAGGGCUCUCCUCCCCCUUCCUGCCCUCAGGAGAGGUUGGGAAGUGACCACUUGGAUGUCUGGGCCCUGCAAAGGGGACAGGGAGGGUCAGCAGGAGGCUGGCUGCUUCCUGCCCCUCACCCUCUCCCUGGGCCUGCCAUGCUGCUUUUGUGCCAAGGUUAGCCAGUCCCUCCCUGCCCUAUCCUGUGUGCUUCCACCUCAGCCUCAUCUUCCCUCCUGCCCCACCCCCACCCAAAGAAUCUUCGUGUCAGCUCAGGAUGUGGGGCUAAUCUGUGUGAGUGAGUCCAGCAUGUACCUGUGUCUCCUUAGUAUCCAUGCAACCCAGGCCGAAGAGGCCUGCCCCUGGAUUUGAUCAGUAUCAACCUUGUCUCCGGUCCCCAAUGUCGUAAGCACAAUUAGACUUCUGCCACCUCCAGUUUGCUGCCUCCUAUAGCAAGGGCAGGAAUCAGACAGACUCCCUAGCUCACGCUCUGGGAGGGGUACUGGGUACCCCACUCUUCACUGAGGUCUCUGGAUUUGUCUCAGUGCCUUAGCAUCGGAAAACCUGUGCUUGUGUGUGUGUGUAGGAGGCAGCCCUAUCUCUGGCUCCUUUUCCACCCUUCUCCCCAGUGCCUUCCUCGUCCUGGUGGAGCUGAGGCCUACUCCUCCCCAGUCCAACACUGCCAAAAAUCUGUGUAUGUGCCAGGGGUCGGGGGGUUAGGGGGCAGCUCUAGCCUCUGGGGAUCAAUUGCUUUUACUGUGGUCUGUGGCCUGUCCUGUCUCUGUCAGUGGUGGAGAAGAAAGAGGCAGUAAGAUGGACCAGCCAGAGUUCUGGGAGACACUGCUGGGUCUUAUUCUGGGACCAAAGUGAGAAUCCAAGCACAUUUCCUUUGCUAUCUAGGGAGGCUGCUGCCUUCCCAGAGCCUGGAGGCAGCUCUGCUGGUCAGCCCCAAACUUUGUUUACACUGAUGGGGGAGAAGGAGCUUGGGCAAGGGAAUUCCUGGGCUGGUUAAAAGGACCAGGGCUGCUGGAGCCAAAGUGGGGACCUUUGAGGCUAAGUGGGGGUCACUUGCUGUUUCUGAGCUUGGAUUACCGAGCUUACUCCAGCCACUGUCAGAGGGAGCGUGGAAGGAGGGAUCCAGCCUCUUGUCUAAUUGAGGCCUCCAUGUAGGAAGUGUGAUUUCUGCUUUUGUGUCCCCCACCCCCACCCCAUUACCACAGCUGCCUUUGUGUCUGUGUCAAUAAAAAGCCAAACCCUGAGUCCUGA